CGCUCACCUUAAUCGGGCUGCCCCCGAGACGCCAUCGACGCGAAGGGCCAGCAGGACAGCCGUCGAGCAUGCUCAGCGACGAGCAAAGAGAGGAGGAGGAUGCGGCGACGCGCCUCCAGGCCAUUAGUAGAGGCCACCGCGACCGCCAGGCCGUCGAGCGCACGCAGACCCUCAAAAAAGAAAGGGAGCAGGCCGCUUCGUUAUUACAGACGCGGCAGCGCGGCCGCAUCGCGUGUCGCGAGGUCGACGAACGUCGAGAACAGACUCAGGCGGCUACCAGCAUCGGUAGAAUUUAUCGCGGGAAAGUCACGAGGCGGGCCCGGGUCGACCGGGGGCCCCGGAGUCUUGAGAGAGAUGAUAUUGCCCAGGGACUGCAUACGUUGGGCCGGACUGCUGACUUAAAGCAUGCUUACCUGGGCUGUUCGGUGAGCGGUCUCCAGCUCGUAGAUAUAGACGUGCUACAGUCCUACGAGCACCUUCAGGCGCUCGACGUCUCUUGUAAUAAUUUGACGUCAUUAUCACCGUUGGAGCAUCUGCCGUACUUGACGCGACUCAACGCCUCUGGCAACAAACUGUCGCAGUUCGAUCUCGAGAUUCCGCGGAAUGUGCCUGGCGAAAAGGCCUGGACCCUCGGUCGCAAGCACGCCGGCUCGAACUUGAUUGAGGUGGAUUUAUCGGACAAUGACAUAGAGGUCCUUGGUGAACAAUCUACACAUAGAAGACUCGAGAAGUUUGUGCUUGAUGGCAAUCGCAUGUACGAGAUCACUGGUCUACAGAACCUAUCAAGACUCAAGAUAUUGUCGAUGAGGAACAACGACCUUUCAUACGUCUCCGGGCUGGAGACUUUGUCAGCACUAGUUGAGCUCGACGUCGGGGGCAACCGACUGACCACGAUGGGAGAUGGCCUCGAGAACCUCGUGAAUUUGAGAAGGCUCGGCGUUGCACAAAACCAGAUCACGACGCUGGAUGGCUUGGAGCCGCUGCAGGCGCUCGAUGAACUCGACGCUCGAGACAACUGUAUAGAAAAAGUUCGGGAAGUGGAGUUCCUGGAACGACUGCCGUUGUUUUCUUCAUUAUUAUUGCAGGGCAACCCUUGUAGCGAUUUACCUUUCUAUCGGAGACGCGUCGUAUUUAGAUUGCAACAAUUAAGAGUCCUGGACGGCAUUGCCGUGAGUUCAGACGACAAGAUCAAGGCAGUAAACCUCCACGGCGGCGACGAGUCGGACCUGAAGCACCGCCGGGAGACUUUUAGAAAACAUUUCGGGAGUGCGCUGGAGUUUGAGGACCCUCUUCCGCCGUUCGUCGAACCGGAAAAGUCGCCGUCUGUGAGGAAAUCAAAGUUCAACUUGUGCUUCAAUUCGGGGUCUCUCGCGGUUUGCGUGAGGUGCUGCUCGCUCCACUCGGUCGAGUGUAUCUCUCGGAGAUCGUGGCCGAGUUUGGGCCGAAACCAGGGCCGCGGCGCCGAGAUAGCGAGACGCGAAUAUUUCUCAGGAUAACCUGAUUCACUGGUUGAUUUCCACACAGGUCACCGUUCGACGUCGACCUCUGUGAGUUACCAGGGCUGGAAAUGUACCUGCGGACGAUCUUCGAGGCCGCGGACACGUCUGGUGAUGGGGAGAUCAGUGUCGCGGAGGCGAUCAAGGCCGUGCGUGCUCCGCGUCCUUAUGUAUACAUAUAUUUAUAUGUAUUUAUAUGUACAUAUAUAUAUAUAUAUAUUCAACGUGGCGCGGCGACGGCGUGCGGCUCAUGUCUACGCCCACCUUACGCCAUCGACGAUGUAUACGUAUGUCUACAUAUAUAUAAUUUUUUUUUAUCACAGGUGCGCAACGACGACGACUUCGCGGAACUCAUGGGCUUCGGGUCCCGGACGAAAGUAAGGCAGGCCGACGGUAGUAGAGAACAGCUCACUGACAUGUUACAAUCACUGGACCAAGAUGGAGACAACAAGGUGUCCUGGCAGGAGUUCCGGGAAGCCUUCCUGGGCCCGCUCGAAGACGAGGAGAACGAGCGCGAGGAGGUGAACGAGUAUCUUGACGAGUACGCGGCCUACCUCAAGGUCGUCUUUGAUAGGGUCGAUGUCGAUGGGAGUGGUUCCUUGUCGUACGGCGAGCUCGUCAAGGCUCUGAAGGAGGACCCGGAGUUUGCCGAGGGCUCCGGCUUUGCAAAUUCAGGAUUGAGCAGAGAAGAAUUCGCCGACCGGAUGCUCGACGCCUUAGAUUGGGACUGGUCCGACGAGAUCGAAUGGGAGGAAUUUAGAGAUGCGGCUUUAGAUGCGGCCAUGGAGGCCCUCGAGCGCCAGAAGAUGGAGGCCUACGUCCGUGAUUUGUUUGACAGAGUCGCUGGUGAUGAUGGCGAGAUCUCCGUCGCGGAGGCGGUGAAGGCGUGUCGGAACGACGACGACUUCGCGGAGGCGAUGGGCUUCGACGGGCGCACGAAGAUCCGGGAGGGCUGGACCAAGGAGCAACUCAUCGAAAGUCUCGCGGAGAUGGACACGGACGGGGACUGCUCCAUCUCCUGGGACGAGUUCCGGAAGGCUCUGCUCGGGCCGUGGGACGACGACGAGCCCGACGACGAGCUGCCGCCGCCGCCGCCGGACGCGAACGUCGAGGCGCUCGAGGCGUAUUUGAGGGGCAUUUUUGACCGGGUCGAUUCGAGUGGAGACGGCGCCAUAUCGGUCAGCGAGGCCGCCGCGGCGCUGCGCGACGACGAGGAGUUCGCCGAGGUGCUCGGCGUCGACGUGGGCACGGACGACGUGUUCCGCGCGAUCGACGCGCUGGACGAGGACGGCGACCAGCGCGUCUCCUGGGGCGAAUUCCGGGGCGCGGUGCUCGGCGCGACGCCGUGGGGGGCGGAGUAACACUCUAGCCUA